AUGAACGCCCACGCGCUCCUCACCUCUCAAGGUUGGCGCGGCACCGGGCACUCCCUCCACCACAGCUCCGACACGAUUGGACUCUCGCGGCCGCUGCUCGUCUCGAAAAAAGACAAUGUAUUGGGAGUAGGGAAGAAACAACACAAGACUUCUGAUAUGUGGUGGAUGAAUGCUUUUGAUGCGUCGCUGAAGGGGUUAGAUACAAGUAAGGAGGGGCAAAUUAAGGUGCAGAAGGGAGGUGGGUUGGAAAUGGUGGUUAAGGGAGGGAGUAAGUGGGUUGGAGGGAAGGGAGGGUUGUAUAGUUUCUUUGUGAGGGGCGAGACGGUUGGGGGCACGAUUGAGGAUAAGGAAAAGGAAGUUGUGGAAAUAAUUGUCAAGGAGGAGAAGAAAGGGAAGGGGAAGGAGAAGGAUAAGAAAAGGAAGGGAGAAGAGAGGAAAGAGAGUAAGGAGGAAAGGAGGGAAAGAAAGGAGAAGAAGAGGGCCGAUAGAGCGAGAAAACUUGCUGCGGUAGAAGCAGAGAAUAUCAAGGCACAAAAGGAGGUCAAGGCAAAGAGUUCCAAAUCGAUAGAUUCGGAAAAGACAGAAACGAAGGAGGAACGACGAGAACGAAAGGAACGAAAGCAGCAAAAGAAAUUAUUGCGACAACCCAAAAAGGAAUCAUCGGAUACAUCAUCGACGUCAGAGAUCACAAAGAAGAAGAAGAAAUCGAGGAAAGACAAAUAG